AUGUUUGCAACAACAUCACGAUUCAUGGCGGCCUUCGCCAGACCAAGCUUCUUCGCACUUCGCUCGCCCUUGACACCAGUGAGACCAUCCUCUCUUUCGAGCUCGUUCAACGCCACGCGAAUGUUCUCGACAUCUCGCAUCGCCGAGGCGAGCCCGCGCAAGAAGCACCUCGCACAGCACGGCAGUGGCGGCAAGCUCAAGUCGCAUACCGGCACCAAGAAGCGCUGGACGCCCCUCGGCAGCGGCAGCGGCAAGGCGUACCAGCUCGACUUCAAGCGAGGACUGGCAGGAAAGCGACAUUUGAACUCGCACAUGUCCAGAGACCGUCUCAACGGCCUUGGUGGUACCGUCCUCAGCCCGCGAGGCAGGAUCAACAGGACGCUUAGGAGGUUGCUAGGCCCCAGCCUCUGA